AGCCGAAAGAGGCCGGAGCGGGAUUCCAGGGUUAGCAGCAGCAAUUCACCAGACGCACCCUCCAGCGGCCCAAUCAUGGCAGCUGCAGCAGUCAGGUUAAUGAGCCUGGCAGGUGCCAGACGGGCCUUGCGCAGGUGGUUCCGUCGCGGCUGGCCACCUGGCGACAGCUCGGACGACGGCGAGCCUGAGCCUGAGGACGGAGCGGCAGUUCCUCCGUGCCCCCCCAACACGCCUGCUGAAACGUCGCUGGUCGAAGAGGAGACUGAGGAAGACUCUGACCGCGCCGAAGACGACGAAGUGCCGGACAUCAGCGACUCGGACAACAGCCUGGGCCACGACGACUCGUACGACCAGGAUUUCUACAACGACUCGUCCACCAUGAGCCUCAACCUGUUUGUGCCCACGGUCAGCGGCAUGCGACAGCUGACCUCUACCGAUGCCGCUGCAGCUGCGGGCGAGGAGCAGCAGGUCAACAAGCAGCAGCAGCGUGAUAGUGAGAAGCAACAGCAGAUAGAGAACGCCAAGCUUGUCUCCCUCUCUACCAUUGCUCCUGGAGAUGACAGCCAGCUCGCUGCCCUCGCCGACAAGAUCAGCAACGUCAACCUGGCUGACCCUGCCUCUGGCGCUGCUUCUGGCGACGAGGCCGUCGCCGUGGUUCAGCAGCCCUCUGUUCCGGGCGACAACAACCCCAACGUUGUCCGUUUUGACGAUCCGGCCGUGGUCGCUGAGCGAGCUGUGCACCUCAAGUUUAUUGGCGAGGCCUUGGACAUGGCAAAACUCGCUCUCCGCACCAACGAGACUCCUGUCGGUUGUGUCAUCGUCCACAAUGGCGAGAUCAUUGCCCGUGGCAUGAACGCGACCAACGUCACUCGCAAUGGCACCCGCCACGCUGAGUUCAUGGCCAUCUCUGCUCUGCUCUCCGUUGCGCGCAAGACCGGCCCAAAGACCACCUCUCUUAAGCCCACUGUGCCACCCAAGAAGCCAAUCAGGGGAGACAACUCAUCCGACAUCUCCUCCGUGGAGUGGCGUUCUCCCGAUGAGGGCAACGAAGAUGGCAGCAAGAGCCACCUGUACCCCUAUGGUCAGAAGAUGAUUUCCGAGGAGCGUGUCAACGGUGCCAUCUUCCGCGAGUGCACUCUCUAUGUCACCGUCGAACCCUGUGUCAUGUGCGCUUCGCUUCUUCGCCAGGUCGGCAUCAAGAAGGUCUACUUUGGAGCCGUCAACGACAAGUUUGGAGGCACUGGCGGAGUCUUUAGCAUUCAUGCCAACUCUAUCCCCAUCAGUGCGGAUGGCCAGACGGCCAGCGCUCAUCCUCAGCCCACCCCCAUCCAGCACCCUGAUGGAGGCGGCAGCCUCGGUGUUUCGUACCCCCCCGGUGGCGGCGAUGGCGGCAACAUUGAGCCAGGCUAUGAAAUCGAGGGUGGCUGGGGCCGCGACGAGGCCGUGGCACUUCUCCGUCGCUUUUACGUCCAGGAGAACGGCAGAGCCCCUGUUCCACGAAAGAAAGAAGGCCGAGCUGCACGCUUGGCUGCCAUGAUGGAACAAGAUGGACUCGUGCUGCCGGGCUCAGAUGGCACUGGCAAACCUGCUGUGGUACCCGGCGUUGCUGAUGACAAGAAGGAGAAUGUCGAGCCAUCAAAGGCUCAAGAUUCUCUUAAAGGCAAGGAAGUCACGGGCGACGCGGUUGCUGAAGAGGUUUCCGAGGAGGCUACCGAAGUGGCCACCGAAUAG